UUUUAUGGUGCAGUGGUGGGUGUUUAAGUUGUCAUCAUCCGUCACUGAAAAUUCUUUAGUCUUUAAAUUGCAAGUUAAAUAGAAAGUUUAACUUUUUAGUAGUUGGUUUUUGUUUAGUGACCCUGCAAGCUUUUUAUAUUGAAUCUCAUAUUAUAUUUUACGAUGUCGACCUUACUCAAGUGGGCGCAAAAUACUCAGGUGAAACUCAAUGGAAACAAGAGCAGCUCCAGCGGUGAACGAAAAUGGAUCCAUCCACCCGAAGCCCUACAGAAAGGUCACAUUGCGUACCUUGUAAAGUUUUUCGGAAAUAGUAUAGUAGAUCAACCCAAAGGUAUCGAAGUGGUUAAGGAAGCCAUUCGUAAGCUAAGAUUUUCGCAGCAGAUCCGAAAGAGCGAAACGGGAGAAAAAACGAAAAAAAUUGAAUUAACGAUAAGCAUAGAUGGCGUGGCAAUCCAGGAGCCCAAAAUCCACACCAUCCUGUACCAAUUCCCGCUUCAUCAAAUAUCUUACUGUGCCGAUGAUAAAGGCGAGAAAAGGUUUUUCUCGUUUAUUGUCAAACAGCCAAAUCAAGGAAGUAGCGAAGUUGAAGAAAAAUAUGAAUGUUUCGUUUUUAUAUCCGAUAAAUUAGCGGAAGAAAUUACAUUGACGAUCGGUCAAGCAUUUGAGUUAGCGUACAAACGAUUUUUGGAUACUUCCGGAAAGGAUCUGGAGGCUCAACGGCGAGCAAUGAUUACGCAACAAAAAAUGAAGGAGAUGGAAAAUGAAAAUAAUAUCCUGAAACAGAGGCUAUUGGAAAUAUCUCAAUUUGCCAGUAUUAAAUAUGACCUCGAUCAGUAUUUACAAAAAAAAUGUAUUAGAAAUAUCUUGGAAAUAAAAUCAGCUCCAAAUUCUUUUAAAGUCGAUAAUAAAAUCGAAUCCGCAGAUAAUUCCAAAUCGAGUAACGGAACCGUUGCCUCGCCCCCAAUAUUGAACUUCAGUGAAGAGAAUAAUUUUUUGGCACCACCGGUACCGCCACGCUCGCUACAGAAUAUCCCGGCAGUAGGGACCAAGCUCGAGGGACUCCUACUGACUGAAUUAGAACACGAUGAUAACUUUGAUCCUCGAUCUUUUGAACAAAGUAAAAAUAGCCAAAUGUCCAAUUCACAUCCAAUUGCUCCACCGCCUAAGGCAGCCAGAAGAAGUAACGUGCUGCUGCAAGCCGAGCCGCCAAAAAUAGAUGAACACAAAUUGUUUGGGAUGGAUCCCUUCGAUGGCAAUGGUAGUACUACCAACAGUUCAACUAAGCCUAAGGUAUUAGAUCCAUUCGAAAUGGGAGAUUUUGGCAGCGACAAUUCCACGACUUCCCAAGAUAUCGAGAAUGCGAUUGGUUUGCUUGAUAAGCGAAUUUUAGAAAUGAAGACUGGAUUUAGUCGUGGAAUCAGCUUUGGAAAUGACGAUUUCUCUUUGGAUAAUUUGGAUCCUCUAAAAAAUUAAUUGUUGUAUGUGAUGAUGCAUGGAGUAUUAAAUAUUAUAUAUUAAGAACUUUGAAGUAUGCAUUACAUUAUAAUUCUUACUAUUAUACUUAGAUUUAUUGCGUAUUUUAAAAAACUGCAUACCAGUUUUUACGGUUUACGAAAUUCGAAUCUUUGUUAUAAUAUAGCAUUUAGAUAAGCACCAAAUUUCUUCAUAUUGAUUUGUUGAUAUUAUUAUGUUACAUAUAUAAUUUU